UUCGUUUGGCAUCGCGGCAAAAAAUCUUUUUAUUUCUCAAAAUUAAACACGCAACUGAUUCAUUUUUGUUUCCUCUUUGGCAAACAAAUUUAGGGCAGUGAAUAAAAAGUAUUAUCGACCGUUAAAUGGCCAUAUUUUUCUUCAAAUGUUGAUUGAAAACCGGCUUAGAACGAGACGGUGUGGAAUCCAUUCAUUUAGCGUUUCCACCUGAAAAAAAUCACUAGCCGAGCGAUGGAAGACUAUGAUGAUCAGCAACAACAACCACCGAAAAAAUCGGCAAAGCAAAACAACGCCCUGCCGCUAUGGGGGAACGAAAGUACAAUGAACCUGAACCCGUUAAUUUUGGCUAAUAUCCAGGGUUCCAGCUACUUCAAAGUGUCCUUGUUCAAACUUAAGACUUACCAUGAAGUUGUGGACGAAAUCUACUACCAAGUCAAACACCUGGAACCCUGGGAGCGAGGCUCACGCAAAACUUCCGGCCAGACAGGGAUGUGCGGUGGGGUUCGUGGAGUCGGCGCUGGAGGCAUCGUAUCUACCGCAUUUUGCCUACUGUAUAAGCUGUACACACUGCGGUUAACGCGAAAGCAAGUCAAUGGAUUGCUCUCCCACGGCGAUUCUCCGUAUAUCAGAGCUUUGGGCUUUAUGUACCUUAGAUUUACGCAACCUCCAGCUGAUCUAUAUGAUUGGUACGAGUCUUACUUACUUGAUGAAGAAGAAAUAGAUGUGAAAGCUGGCGGUGGACAGACAAUGACAAUCGGUAACAUGAUCCGCCAGUGGCUCACUAAACUAGACUGGUUUUCAACCCUCUUCCCACGCAUACCCGUUCCGAUUCAAAAGCAAAUCGAAUCCAAAUUAGAACAAUUCGCUAGGGAAAAUAACGUGUCCUUUGCUGAGCCGGCCAAUGACCGUUACAGUAAAACCGGUGGACGGCAAUACGAACGUCCGGGUGUUCCUGCUGCGAGAGAAGAUUACCGUGGAGGAGGUGAGUCAAGUCGAAGGCGUUCCGAUUUCAGUGGUCAUUGCGAUCGUGAUCGUGAACCAGCACGCUCGUCACGAGAAGGGUGGAGCGACGAUCAACGACGCGGACGAGACAGAGAGCGUGAGCGUGAUCGUGACCGGGAACGAGAUAGGGAUCGGGACCCUUACAGGCGAGAACGUGAACGAGAUUAUGAUCGCGGUAGGGAUAAGUAUCGGGAGAGAUCGAGGGAUCGAGAACGACGGGAUAGAGACAGAGAUUACGAUCGAGAGCGAAAGUACCGUUAGCACAGUUUAGGGAGAGAUAGUUUGAUCACUUAAAAAAAACUAGGAAAAAUUACAAAACACAUUAGGACAAUGGGCUCAGAAAUCCUGCCUCAUUCUUGGUUGAAAACAGAGUGCAUAUGCUAAAAAGUACUCAAAUAUCAAACUCAGACAAAACCUUUUCAGUCACUCAACUUAAUUUCACAAUCUAUAUUAAGACAAGAACAAAAAAGUCAUUGAAAUACGGUAAAACAUUCGCGUUGUCUGUCAGUUGUCUUGGUAUUGCGAUUCUAAAAUGCUAGAUACUUUUAAAACAAGCUGAAACACUAAGUACCUUUACAGGCGAAUAGCAGCAACUUCAUUACGGGAUACAUACAUUUUCUUCUCACAUUUUUUCUUUGUUUUUUAACCUUUCUCAAACAUCAUUUUACCUCAAGCACACGUUCAUACAUAUUACAAUUUAUCUAUAGACAGGAUUGCAUCGGUUGGCUGUGUCGGCUAGAUACGCACAAUCUGCAACACGGUGGAAAACUGCAGGUUAAUAUAUUUUCUGUUAGUAGGUUUUACGAUGGUCUCUGCUGUGGGCAGAUGUCAACAAAAACGGGUAGACACGAAAUCAAAAGUUUUCCCCGUGAGGAGCGAUCCUAGCAAAUAGCCAUACCGUGCAGUCCGUUAUCCAGUAAUUUUCCAAUCAGAAUCUAUCACGUUAAUUUCCUAUCUUUUCUGUAGCAACCAUGCUUUUGUAGCUUACCGUAAAUAUCGCGCACCUCGAUGGAUACACUGCUUGCAAUAAUGGAAGCAAAUUACGAAGAGAUUCUACCUCAAAUAAUAGAGUUAGUUUAAAAACUGAAUCUGAAUCAACAUUAUCGUGUGUCCAUUGUUUUGCCGUAACACACAAAUACACCUAGUUUAUCUCAUCCCACUACAAACAUGCAAGCACCAUACAGUACCAUUAUCCACAGAGGAGCAAAUGCAGGAAGAUUUGUUCGUAUUAGUUGAUUUCGGUUUGAGCGGGAGAUCCAUUAGUUGUUAAGGUACAGUAGGAUUUGUGUAGGAAACGGAAAUAUCGGCUCAGGAUUAACACGCAUACCUAUCCUUACCAAUUUACACAGAACACAACAUUCACACUCUCAAACGCAACUGUAGACUGGACUUGUUGUAGCGGAAGUUUUAUUCCAACAGAUUUUAGCAGCAAGCAGUCAUGUUGGCGGGUACGAAAUCAGUGGCUCGAAACGGGAGUCACAAAACAAAAGCCGUUGACUAUUGUUUUAAGAAAGAUUUCUGUUUGUUACUCUGCCAUACUGUUGCUAGUAAAUUGUCAAGAUAGUCUUGUACGAUAUCGCGCGUUGACUAGAACGUUUGUACCAAGUAAACGUACAUAACAGUGUAAGCAACAAGCUGAAUGAAAGGAGAGUUCAAAGUAUAAAAGCGCUAACAACGGUAAUCGAAAAAUCAUUGUAAGAAACACAAAAAAAAAAUCGAAAAUA